CGACAUCACAAUCGCGACGGGCAUCGUGCUGUGCCACCGCUUCUAUCUCCACCAGUCCCUGCUCAAGAACGAGUGGCAGGUACCCCCUGUUCAUGGGACCCAACAAUGGCAAAUCGUUUCAGCACACACGACCUUGAAAAUUCCGUGACUGACUAACCAGUUUGGCGCGCUCCGUGUGUGUCGAAUUCAUGCCCGAAAUUGAGCAAUUGUUCUCCUAACACAAGCUUUUGGGCUCCGUCAGGGUCUGUCCGUGCUCCUGGGGGUAAAAUGUCAACACUUGCCAUUUUUACUGUCACUGUGUCAGAACUAACAUUUUCUCUUACCUUUGUAGCACUGGGUGUGGACUGACUGUUUCUCUUACCUGCGUAGCAACUGUGUCCAAACUAACGGUUUCUCUUACCUGUGUAGGAUUUUGAAAUGUUCCUCUUACCCGCGUAGCAAGUCCGUCCAGACUAACGGUUUCUAUUACCUGUGUAGGAUCUUGAAAAUGUUGUCGUUUUCUGUUUAGUACACAUUUUGGGGUAGUCGAGGGUUGUGUAACGUGUCUGCGCGUUUUCAGCGCACCUAGCCUGGUCACGGCAGACAAAAUUCUAACAUGGGUUUUGGAUCAAACGUAGAGUUGAGAUGUUUCACGCUGGGUCCUUUAAGUAAGGGGUCUUGAAGUGAGGUAUGAUAGCUUUAUGUAAUUUUAUCGGGAGCACCUAAAAUUGCACGGACGAAAGGUGUGGUUCUGGUUCUGUUGGAGCAACUUUACGAACUUGAAGAGGCACUUUCUAAUAAUACUCUAGACAACUGUUGCAACUGCUUGCAUCUUUCUUGCUUCGAAGAUUGAAGACACUCCUUGCCAAUUAGGACGUGUUGUUACUGUGGCACAUGAAACAAUGUAUAAGAGAAAACCUGAUGCUGCUCGCAGAAUCAAACAGAAGGAGGUCCUUGAGAAGCGGAAGGACCUAAUUUUGAUGGGGGAGGCACUAUUGCUUUCAACCAUCAGGUUUGAUUUCAAUAUACAGCAUCCUUAUGAGCCACUAAAUCUCGCUCUCAAGAAUCUGGGGAUCUCCCAGAAGGAAGUGAAACAAGCUGCAAUAAAUCUCAUAAAUGAUACGCUUCGGACUACUUUGGUAGUGCAAUUUAAACCACACUACAUAGCUGCUGGAGCUCUCCAUAUUGCCGCCAAGUUUCAUGAUGUUACACUCCCUUCUGAACAAGGAAAAGUAUGGUGGCAUCAAUUCGAUGUUGCUCCAAAGCAGUUGCAAGCUGCUAUCCAGCAAAUGAAACAGGUCUUUAAUGAAAGAAACCAACGCCCCGCAGGUCCUGCUAUCGGGCCCAUUCAAGCUCCAGCUCCAGCUCCGGUGGAGAAACAGCAGGCAGUAAGAUUCCCGAAGCCAGCUCUGGUGGCAAAACAGCAGACAUUAAGCUUGCCAAAGCCAGCUCCGGUGGCAAAACAGCAGACACUAAGCUUACUGAAGCCAGCUCCAGUGGAGGAACAGCAGGCUGUAAGCUUCCUGAAGCCAGCUCCAUUGGCAAAACAGCAGAUAGUAAGCUCCCAGAAGCCUGCUCCGGUGGAGGAACAUCAGACAGUAAGGUCCCCAAAGCCUGCUCCAUUGGAGGAACAGCAGACAGUAAGCUCCCUGAAGCCAGCUCUGGUGGAGGAACGGCAGACAGUAAGCUUCCUGAAGCCUGCUCCAUUGGAGGAACAUCAGACAGUAAGCUUCCCGAAGCCUGCUCCGGUGGAGAAACAGCAGACAGUAAGCUCCCUGAAGCCUGCUCCGGUGGAGAAAGAGCAGACAGUAAGCUCCUUGAAGCCUGCUUUGGUGAAGAAAGAACAGACAGUAAGCUCCCUGAAGCCUGCUUUGGUGAAGAAAGAACAGACAGUAAGCUCCCUGAAGCCUGCUUUGGUGAAGAAAGAGCAGACAGCAAGCUCUCUGAAGCCUGCUCCGGCGGAGAACCAGCAGACAGCAAGCUCCCCGAAGCCUGCUUCGGUGAAGAAAGAGCAGACAGUAAGCUCCGUGAAGCCUGCUUUGGUGAAGAAAGAGCAGACGUUAAGCUCCCUGAAGCCUGCUUUGAUUAAGAAAGAGCAAACAGCAAGCUCCCUGAAGCCUGCUCCAGUGGAGAAAGAGCAGACAGUAAGCUCCCUGAAGCCUGCUUUGGUGAAGAAAGAGCAGACAGCAAGCUCCCUGAAGCCUGCUUUGGUGAAGAAAGAGCAAACAGCAAGCUCCCUGAAGCCUGCUUUGGUGAAGAAAGAGCAGACAGCAAGCUCCCUGAAGCCUGCUCCGGCAGAGAAACAGCAGACAGCAAGCUCCCCGAAGCCUGCUCUGGCGGAGAAACAGCAGACAACAAGCUCCCCAAAGCCUGCUCCGGCGGAGAAACAGCAGACAGCAAGCUCCCCGAAGCCUGCUCUGGCGGAGAAACAGCAGACAGCCAGCUCCCCGAAGCCUGCUCCGGCGGAGAAACAGCAGACAGCAAGCUCCCCGAAGCCUGCUCUGGCGGAGAAACAGCAGACAGCAAGCUCCCUGAAGCCUGCUCCGGCGGAGAAACAGCAGACAGUAAACUCCCCGAAGCCUGCUCCGGUGGAGAAACAGCAGAUUAUAAGCUUCCCAAUGCCUGUUCUGAAGUAUACAUAUUCAAGGAGAGGCCUAAGAAACACUACAGCUCCAACUGUAACUCCGACUCCAACUCUGGUGAAGAAACAGCAGAAAAUAAGCACCCCAGAUGGCCCUGUUUCGCAUGCCUUCUCUCCAAGGGGAGUCCUAAAUGGACCCACUUCAGCUCCAACUAUAACUCCAAACCCGAUGAAGAAACAGCAGGCAUUAAGCACCCUAGACUCUGUUCAGAGGCAAGCACACCCUUCAGUUGGAGGAGUUAAGCGCACUAGAUCUCCAGCUCAAGAUAGAACCCUGGUGAAGAAACAGAAGAUAAUAAGCGCCCCAAACUCUGUUGUGAGGCAUGCACGCCCUUCAGUUGUGGUAGUGAGGCCCACUGGAUCUCCAGCUCGAGCUAGAACCCCGGUGAAGAAAUCACAGAUAAUAAGCGCCCAAGACUCUGUUCCGAGGCAUACUCGCCCUUCAGUCGGCGGCGAAAGAAGGCCCAGUACAGCUCCAGCUCCAACUCCUGCUAGUGCUCUGGCGAGGAAACACCCAACAAUAAGCACCCCAGACUCUGUUCUGAGGCAUACAGAUCCUUCAAGGAAUGAAGACAGCAAGCCACUGCGAAUGCAUGUGGAUCAUAGCUUGAGUAGAACUGCCAAAGAUGGUAGGCUGGAGAAGCCAUCUUUCCAGGCAGCUCUAAACGCCAAUCAUGGCCACCAUGUCGGCAGCGGACCUAAAGAUGUAAAUAUGACAAGGGUCCCAAACUUGGUCGGACAGAAGAGAAGGAUCCAGGAGGCUGCUGGACAGCCUCCUGCUCCGGCUGAUAGAUGUGCUGGAGAUGCUUCGAGGAGGCCGCAGCUUCCAAGUUUGAUCGUCGCCCCACCGUCCUGGAAGAAACAGAAGAUCGAUGUUUAAGUUACUUGUUCUGUAAAGACCCAUUGGUACUGCUAUUAAAGACAAUGGUUUGCCUGUAGAGAACUAGAGAUGUUGUGUUAUUGUGGAAAGUGAACAGUGAUUAAGUUAUGAUACCAUGUGAAUUGCGGUUGUGAGCUCCAGGGAGGAAUAGAGAUGAAAGCAAGCUGCGGCAGAAUGUUUGCCGCCAAGUUUUGUAUGCUCGAAGGCGCUUGAUUGCUCGCAUGGAGAAGGAAAUAGAGAUGGGAACCAUGGUGGAUGCUGUGUAGAUUGAUGUAGGCUUGAAAAGCUGUUGUCUAAUUUAAGCCUAGGAAGCUGAGAGAUGUAAUCCAGAGUUGUUCUGUAAAUUUGAUGUUGUUCAUGGAGGCAAAAUCUGUUUGUCUAAUUUAACCUAGGGGAAACCGAGAAGGAAUAGAGGUGGUAGCCGAGAUUGCAGUGUAAAUCUGAUGUAAUAUAUAUAUAUGCGGAGGCAUUCAUUCA